UAUUAAAUAGUUUACGAAGAUGGACGUGUCGCAAAGCGAAAGGUUUGAACUCUCAUUCCCCAAUAUUACAAGCAGCGGGAUGAACAUCACUCCGACUAAAACGACCAUCAAAUACAAAUGGUGGUCGGAGAGUGGCAAGAUCCAAAUUCCAUUUUAUGGGGUCAUCUUCAUGCUGUCGGUUAUAGGGAACAUGCUUGUCAUUUUAACUUUGGCACAAAAUAGGAGGAUGAGGACGGUGACCAACUUGUUCCUACUCAAUUUGGCAGUGUCGGAUUUGCUGCUGGGCGUUUUCUGCAUGCCAUUUACCCUGGUCGGCGCUUUGCUUAGAGACUUCGUAUUUGGGGAGUCCAUGUGCAAAUUGAUUCCGUUCUUGCAGGCGUGCACAGUCUCCGUCGGGGCCUGGACUUUGGUAGCCAUAUCCGUGGAACGUUAUUACGCCAUAUGUCAUCCGUUGAGAUCACUCGCGUGGCAGACUCUUAGCCACGCGUACAAGACAAUUCUGGCAAUAUGGGUCGGUAGUUUCAUCUGCAUGAUGCCCAUCGCCAUACUGAGCCAACUAAAACCUACUCGACAAGGAAAACAUAAAUGCAGAGAGGAUUGGCCUACGGUGGAAUUCGAGAAAGCGUACAAUCUCUUUCUUGACGUAAUUCUGAUGAUAAUGCCAUUCCUGGUAUUGGUCGUUACGUAUUCGCUAAUUUCGAGGACGCUGUAUAGAGGCAUCAAAAGGGAGAAACACAAUAAGAGAAAUCCCCAUUAUGUUUCAGCCAAUUCUUCGGUUCACAUGUACGUGCAUCUCCAACGGAACAUCUCAAAUCGAUGGAGCUUCAAGAACAGGACUACUUCAAUUCGCCACCCGAUCAAUUCGAAGACGGUUUCGAACGUGCCGGAACAAUCCGGUAUGACUUCACUAACAUGUUCGAAGAAACUCACCACCGAACUCAGACGGACCAACAUCGAACGAAUUUUAUGCAACAAACGUAGAAUAAUUAAGAUGCUCUUCGUCGUCGUCCUUGAGUUUUUUCUCUGUUGGACUCCCCUCUAUAUUAUUAACACAAUAGCUUUAUUCGACCAGGACAUGAUUUAUAACAGCAUAGGGUACACAGGGAUAAGUUUCUUCCAAUUGUUAGCUUACAGUUCUAGCUGUUGCAAUCCCAUCACCUAUUGUUUCAUGAACUGCAGCUUUAGAAAAAGCUUUUUCAAUAUAUUCAAGUGUUUUAAAGUGUUAAGUAAGUCCAGGCGAUUCCGCGCUAACGAGAGUGACAUCAACUUGGAAGUUAAAUGGACCAAUCGAUGUUCAGAAAAUCAUACGUCGUAAUCGGUCGGUGUUGCAAAGUCGUUCUUAAGGUGUUCACUACGAUGUUAAAUGUUAUUAUUAAGUUUUUCAAAAUAAAGUUCAUGUUUUUUAA